AUGGCGAUUGAGCAGUAUGUUCUAUCGGAUGCCCUGGAGGUACCUGAGAUUAAGACGAGGCUGAUCGCCGAGCCUCAGCAGAAGAUGACGGAGAAGCAGGGAAUAAUGAUGGGUUUGAGGAGAAAAGCUUCGAGGUUCUUGAAGGGUACAGAUAUAGCCAAGCUGCAGAUUGCUAAAUCUGCUAAGGUGGCGCUCUAUGGUGAAGCUGAAACGAAGUUCGAGCUUUAA